AUGUCGUAUCAAAAUGACGAGAUCUUCCAAAAUUUGCCUAACGAAGAAGGAGAUAUUGGGUUCUCGAGUAGUGAUGCUAGCGAUACGAUGCCGCCAUUAAUGUCAACCAGCAGCAGUAAGGUGGAAGAAGACUUGAGACCGGAGGAGCAUGGGAAUGGCCGUGGAGAACUACCUACGAUCGAUGAAGUGGAAGAAAAGAGAUUUUGA